AUGACUCCGGUGGGUGCCAGGGGGCCUGGCAAGCUGUGGGCACAUGCUGGCUGGCCAUCCUUUCAUCUGGGAGUGAGAGCAGCUCUGUAGACCAGGCUUCCCUGGAAGGUCAGUUUUAAACCGGCCCCCGGUGAUUUUGUUGGAUUUGAUUCCUGUUUUCCUUGGAGACAGUGUGGUGGGAGGGAGAGGGCAGGGCUGUCUGUGUCCUCGCCACUGGUGGGCUUUCUGGGGGCCCUGAGCUAGGGUCUGAGGUAGUGAGCCAGUGCCUGGAGGAGUGGGUGUUACCCUGCCAUGCCAGAGCAUGCCUUUUUCCUUCUGUCACCUUACCCACUGAGGUCCUGCUGUCAGGCAUGUAGUGUCGAGUAGUAAGUCAGUACUUUACUACCUGAGGGAAAGUGGAGGUGGGAGUUUAGCAUGACCGCAAGGUUAAGGAGAUGCAGGGUGUGGGAGGAGGGCUUCAGGACUUUUUCAGACCUUGGGAUGUUGAGAUCUUGGUGAGACCAUCCAGGAGGCCAGCGAUUUUUCUUGGGGCUCCAAUGUCAGCUGUAUGCACAGCACGGGCAGGCUUCAGAAGUCACUUUUGUGGUUAGGAGAGGAAACCCAAGAGGCUGAGCUCAUCAGAGAAAAUGGUGUGGAAGGUGUCAGAGGCAGUGCUCCGUGCCCGCCCCGUGUGCAUGCCACUCUGCACAUCAGAUGUACACGGAUGGCGUCUGCCUUUGGCAGGUUAGGAGUAGUGUGUGUGACACCACGUGGCCCUGCCUGGGUCAGUGCGGGUUAUGUUAUCAUUGCAUCUGACAGUGUCCUGGUCAAGUGCGCCUCCUCCCAGCUCUCUGCCAGGGGGCUUCACUUAGGAAGUCGGCCUGAGCAGGGCUGGCCAAGUGACAGGAAGGUGGCCUGGACAAGUGUGCCCCUAGCUCCGCGUCCAUGGAGGCAGCCACCUCAUCUUCAUCCUGCGCACAGCCAGCUCAUUAACAACCAGCUUUUGACAUUUGAUGAGCUGUUUUUCUGAGAAGUGAGUUUUUAUAAUUGUUUUAGUUCUUCUGAGCUGUAUGCUGAGAUUGCUUUAAAAAAAUAUUUAAAAGGCUUGAUUCCUUUGAAGGAGGUAGGGAUGGAGCUGAAUAGGGUGUUUAUUUAGUGGACCUUGAAUUUUAUCUUCAAAUAUAAAGAGCUGCUUCCCUUUCCAAAGUAAGAAAAGAAGAAUGUGAAGUCAAAUCCCUUAAGUUACAUGUGGAGACACUUUCCCAUUUAUUUGGGAGUGUAGUUUCUAAUUUUGAUUUUUUUUCAGAAGCUUUAACAAAUUGAAGAGAACUUUUACCCCACAGCAAUGAUGCUCACCAGCGCUGUUAAUUUACUGCAAACUCUGUCUGCUGGAGCCCAUGCUGAAGUCAUGCAGAGUGAAGCCACCAAGACUCUGUGUGGACUGCUGCGCACGUUGGUGGAGAGGGCAAAGAUGGACAAGACAGGGUGAAGAAACUAAUCUAGAAAUGAAUUCAGCUUAAUUGUAAGUGUAAGAAGCAGGCAGCGCCCUGGACUCCGCUCCCCAAGCUUGCUGUCUGUCUGUGCUAGGCCCUGUGGAAGGGCUAGUUUCCUGACUCUGAGGACCCAGAGGUGGGGGGCUUCAUGGCAGUCCUGGCUGUGGGCGGAGGCAUCGACAGCUGGUUGCACCUGGAAGGACAAGUCACGCACAAGGAGUUUGGAGAAGGCACUGUGACUCCCAUCACCCCGAAGGGCAGGAUCACCAUGCAGCUCUGUGACAUGUGCGUCUGUCGUGCGUGCCCCAUGAACCAGCUGAAGCUGGUAGUGAACCUGUGUUCAGUUCCUGGGUGAAGUGGGAAGAACUUGAUUCUGGCCGUUUACGUCUGCCUUCUAGGACGCCAUCCAAAUUCAGGAAGCCCGUCUGCCUUUCUUCCUUUUCACCUCGCACUCCAGUGAAUUAAGACUCGUGGCUCUGACAGCUUCCAGAACGUCCGUGUGCUCUGCACACUGGACACACGUUGAAGGCUCCUGCGCUCCCUCUUCAGCUCCCCGCCCGGCGUUCAGCAGCACCGACUUGCACUUCACAGAGCCCGGGCUCUCCGUCUGGGCUCAGUUGGUGAACCUCGCUGGCAGCAAAUUGGAAAAGCACAAAAUAAAGAAAUCACCUAAGCAGGGUUUUGCAGGACAAGGAGACCUGGGCCUGCUGAGGGGCGAGAGCUGACGCUGUGCGUCCUGAAGGCGGCCGCAUGUUGCCUUCCCUCUAGGACCAGCUCAGGCGGAUCCUGUCUCAGCCAGCUGUUCAGGACGCAGCAGCUGCUCACGCAGAUGAUGGAGCAGCUGCAUCCCCUGACCUCAGUGACAUGUCUCCUGAAGGCCUGCAGCCCCCAAUGAUCCUCUGACAGCAGUCACUGGCCUCGGCCACCCAGCCAUCUCCGGCGAGGCCAUAUUUGACCAACAGGAGCUUGAGACUUCCUGCUCUGCCCCCAGCCCUGCUGUCAUUGGCGCAGGCCACUGCGCUGGCUGUGUGUCAACGUUUGGCUGUGGGGUCCACAUGCCCAGCAAGCCCCGUGUGUGAAGCCUGAAGCUCUGGUGGGGCCACGCUGCCUGUCCCCGUGCCACACGUCCGUCCCAUCAGAGCAAAGACGCACCAGCUGUCGCUGGGUCCUGCCCUGCCUGUUGUGGUCCAGCUCAUGGAAACAGGAUUCCCUAGACGGAACAUCGAGUUUGCGCUCAAGUCACCCACGGGCACCCCUGGGAACGCUGCAGGCUUGCCAGUCUAUUGGUGCUGUCAUAACCGAGAGCCAGACUUAACAAAAAAACAGGCUGAUUUCCUGAGAUGAUGAUUAUGCUGUGUAUGUGAGACAGAAUAAUCAGUGCCCUCAUGACCAGGAGCAGCCCUGCUGUUGAGGAGUCAGGUGUGUUAACUCCCUGCAACGUGGGAGAAUGCACCAUGGAGAAUGCGGUGUCUCCCUGUCAGUGCCGAUGGGAAAGACGUUAUUGUCAACUUCCCUUAGUCUCACUGAACUGCACUCUCAUCAGACAUGGAGUUGGUACCCAGUGUCCAUCCUGGUAUCACGAGAGACUUCAGCAUGCAAACCUUCAUCUGUUCGGCUUGCACUGUCAUUUUCAUUCCAUGCUGCUGGCCUUCAGAUGGCUGCACAGAUGCCCCAUUCACAUCAGUACAGUGACCGUCGCCAGCCAGACAUAAGUGACCAACAGGUUUCUGCCUUAUCUUACUCUGACCAGAUUCAGCAACCUCUAACCAGGUAAGUGAUGCCUGAUAUUGUCAUGUUACAGAGGCGGAUGCCCCAAACCUUCCGUGAUCCAGCUACUGCUCCCCUGAGAAAACUUUCUGUUGACUUGAUCAAAACAUAUAAGCAUAUUAGUGAGGUUUAAUAAGCAAAAAAGAAGCGAAGACACCAACAAGGCCAGGGAGACGAUUCCAGUCGUAAGAAGGAGCAGAAGGUUUAUAAUGAUGGUUAUGAUGAUGAUAACCAUGAUUAUAUUGUAAAAAACAGAGAGAAGUCGAUGGAUCAUUGCAAAAUUGACUCCUUGAUAGGCAAAGGUUCCUUUGGACAGGUUGUAAAGGCAUAUGAUGGUGUGGAGCAAGGAUGGGCUGCCAUUAAAAUAAUAAAGAACAAGAAGGCUUUUCUGGAUCAAGCCCAGAUAGAAGUGCGACUUCUUGAGCUCAUGAGCAAACAUGACACUGAAAUGAGAUACUACAUAGUGCAUUUAAAAUGUCACUUUAUGUUUUGAAACCACUGUUUAGUUUUUGAAAUGCUGUCCUACAACCUCUGUGACUUGUUGAGGAACACCAGUUUUCGACGUGUCUCUUUGAACCUAACACGAAAGUUUGCACAGCAAAUGUGCACUGUACUGCUUUUCCUUGUGACUCCAGAACUUAGUAUCAUUCACUGUGACCUAAAACCUGAGAGUAUCCUUCUUUGUAACCCCAAACGCAGUGCAAUCAAGAUUGUUGACUUCGGCAGUUCUUGUCAUUUGGGGCAGCGGAUAUACCAGUAUAUUCAGAGUCGCUUUUAUCGGUCUCCAGAGGUGCUGCUGGGAAUGCCUUAUGACCUUGCUAUUGACAUGUGGUCCCUUGGGUGUAUUUUGGUUGAAAUGCACACUGGAGAACCUCUGUUCAGUGGAGCCAGUGAGGUAGAUCAGAUGAAUAAAACAGUGGAAAUUCUGAGUAUUCCACCUGCUCAUAUUCUUGACCAAGCACCAAAAGCAAGAAAGUUCUUUGAGAAGUUGCCAGAUGGUACUUGGAACUUAAAAAAAACAAAGAUGGAAAGGAGAGAGUAUAAACCACCAGGAACCCGUAAACUUCAUAAUAUUCUUGGAGUAGAAACAGGAGGACCUGAUGGUCAUGCUGGGGAAUCGGGCCAUACAGUAGCUGACUACUUGAAGUUCAAAGACCUCAUUUUAAGGAUGUUUGAUUAUGACCCCCAAACUCAAAUUCAACCUUACUAUGCCCUGCAGCACAGUUUUUUCAAGAAGACAGCUGACGAAAGUACUAACACGAAUAAUAGCAUGUCCACGAGCCCCGCCAUGGAGCAGUCACAGUCUUCGGGCACCACCUCUGGUGGAUUGUCGGGGACGAGCAGCAGUGGGAGAGCCAGGUCGGACCCAACGCACCAGCACCUGCACAGCAGCGGGCACUUCUCCGCCGCUGUCCAGGCCAUGGACUGCGAGACACACAGCCCGCAGGUGCGCCAGCAAUUUCCUGUUCCCCUUGGUUGGUCAGGCACUGAAGCUCCCACACAAGUCACUGUUGAAACUCAUCCCAUUCAAGGAACAACCUUCCAUGUAGCCCCUCAACAGAAUGCAUUGCAUCAUCACCAUGGAAACAGUUCCCAGCACCACCAUGGACAAUGAGCCUUGGGUAACCGGACCAGGCCAAGGGUCUACAGUUCUCCAACAAAUAGCUCCUCUACCCAGGAUUCUAUGGAGGUUGGCCAUUGUCACCACUCCAUGACAUCCCUGUCUUCCUCAACUACUUCUUCCUCCACAUCUUCCUCCUCUACUGGCAAUCAAGGCAGUCAGGCCUACCAGAAUCGCCCAGUGGCUGCUAAUAUCUUGGACUUCGGACAGAAUGGAGCUAUGGACAUUAAUUUAACCAUCUACUCCAAUCCCCGCCAAGAGACUGGCAUAGCUGGACAUCCAACGUACCAGUUUUCUGCUAAUACAGGUCCUGCACAUUACCUGACUGAAGGACAUCGGACAAUGAGGUAAGGGGCUGACAGAGAAGAGUCCCCCAUGACAGGAGUUUGUGUGCAACAGAGUCCUGUAGCUAGCUCGUGACUAAAUUGAAACGAGUUUGUUUCUUGUGUGUUUUUAUAGAAAUGGUGUUUUUUUUCCAAAAAACAAAGUGCAAAGCUGCUUGAAUCAGAAGGAGAUUAACACACUCAUCCGCUACAAGAGGGCAAAGCUGACUUUUUUUUUUUUUUAACUUGAAAAGAUUGCAAAGGGACAAUGAAGUUUUUACAAGAGUCAUGUCCAAACCCAUCUUCAUGGAUAGCUCAGAGGUGUCCUCUUUUUGCCUCCUUCAUUUUAACCUGCUACAUCCCAGUCAUAGUGGGGUUUUUUGUCUUUCUAUUCCACAAAAGUUACUGUUCCGAUGUUGGUCUUGAUCAGUUGCCAACUAAUUUUAAAAUAAAAGGCACUGCACAUAAUUUGCAUAAAGGGCCCCAAGAGGGUGUUUUUUUUCCUCCUUUCUGUUUUUCUUUUUUUUUCUCCCCAUUUUUGUUUUGUUUUUGUUUUAUUUCGGGGGGGGGACGUUUGGAUUUUUAAGUCCUCCAAACACACUUGGGCACGGAAACGCAGUCCUGUCAGGAAGAGAGACCUCCAGCUCACACAACAUCCAUCACCUUCAGCUGUAUGGAAGGGAUGGUGGUAUUGGCAUUUGUAAGACACAGUAAGCCUGUCUGUCCUUUUAUUUAUGCGAGUUGGGACUAGCAGCAAUAUUAUCAGAAGACAUUUCCCAUUAUAAUUGGGCCAUUUACAGAAGAACACGAGAAAUUUAGCUUGUCUUGUUUAGGUGAGGUGUGUAUAAUGGGUCUUCCUGCUUUCUUGCUGUGCAAGAAGCCUACUAGUCAAAUGGGUGGGAAACAGAUUUCUGAUUUCUUCGGUCCCUGAAAGAGUUCAGGUAUGUUUUGAGUGAAGGGUGAUUUUAUUAAAUCAGAAAGGAGUGGACUGUCCAGCUGACCAUGGACAGUGUAAUGGCCUUAGCUCGGGUGUCUUGAGCCAGAAGCAGGUUGAGAAAGAAUUAGAGCACAGAGAUAUUUUAAGAGCCAUUUGAGGCUGGACAUCAUGUUUUCAAUCUGUUUGUGUGAAACCUCCACCAGGAGCUUCAAUAUUGUGAAACACACAUUCAGGAUCUUGCUAGCAGAAUUAAUGAACUAAUUUCAGUGAACGGUAUUUUGUACCGUGAUUUUAAAGACCUUGGGUAUUGUGUGUGAUGUCAGUUGAGCUGCUGCAGCACCGUGGCAAUGAGUGUCUUUUGGUGGGCCAUCGCCAGACC